CUGAGGCGGAGAGCGGGCGUGCCUACUGGGCGCAGGCUCGGGCAGUGAUGGGCCUCGGGACAGCGCAGCCUCAGACGGACAGAUCCAGUAGCUGAUUCCACUCCGGAGCAUCGCUAGCUGCGACCCCCACAGAUACCUUUGUUUCUGGAGUCUCCGUUGAAUUUCAGAGGCAAGCUCUUCUCCAUUCGCGGAGUGAAAAAGCAAGACCUCUAAAUAGCUACUGAAAGGAGGGAAGGCAUUCUUGACCGUGAUGGAAAGGGGGGUCCCUGCUUGAAAGAGGCCAGUCAAGCCCAAGUUUUUAUUAUUUCCUAUAUCUAAAGUUUAUUUGGUCAAAGGCCCAAGAUUAUAUAUAUGGUCGGAAGUCCCUAAUUCAAAAUCACCCACAUAGUUGCAGCUGGCUCUCCUGUAAAAGUACCUCUCUACUUCAUCAGAACUUCAGGUUUCUCUGGAUGGCCUUCUGACGUCACAGCAAAGCCUCCCGGUGUUUGGAGGGUGAUCAGCUCAGGCUGCUCUCUGGGGAUGGUAAGCCUGGAAUUCAGCAUCAAAUGAUGCUAUUGUUACCUAGGGACCCUUUCUAAGCUAGAGACGGCUUUGGCAGGUGUAGGUGCUGCCCAGGCGUGUCUCUACCCAGUAUAUGAUAGGCCUUCGCUGGCUUCCAGGGAAACUUGAGGAGAAGCCUGGGGAGCGGGGCAGUUAGAAGGAGCUCAAUAAAUGUUUCCCAUAUGAAUGCUUAUGUUUGAGCUGGCUUUCCUUGGCUGAACCGGAUCUCCCAGGAAGAACGAAGACAGAUAACCCAUAAAAGGCUCCUGACAGGUUCACCCUCUGCCGGACAGCAGAAGGAAUAUUGAUGGAUUCGAGAAGCUGAAGCCCUUACAACCUGAAAGAAGACUGGGGAAGUGGUUCGUCUCCUCCUCCAUCGGGUCUGUAGGACGGGGAGGUCCUUUCUGAUGCAGCUGAGAAAAAUGCAGGCCAUCAAAAAAGAGCCUGCACCCCUGGAUCCUACCGGCAGCUCAGACAAGAUGUUGCUGCUGAAUUCUGCCUUAGCUGAGGUGGCUGAGGACCUAGCCUCAGGGGAAGAUCUGCUCCUGAACGAAGGGAGCAUGGGGAAAAACAAGUCCUCUGCCUGUCGGAGAAAACGGGAAUUCAUCCCGGAUGAGAAGAAGGACGCCAUGUAUUGGGAGAAACGGCGGAAAAACAACGAGGCUGCCAAAAGGUCUCGGGAGAAGCGUCGCCUCAAUGACCUGGUUCUGGAGAACAAGCUGAUCGCCCUGGGAGAAGAAAACGCCACUUUAAAAGCUGAGCUGCUCUCCCUGAAAUUAAAGUUUGGCUUAAUUAGCUCCACGGUGUACGCCCAAGAAAUCCAGAAACUCAGUAAUUCCACAGCUGUGUACUUUCAGGACUACCAGACAUCCAAGGCUGCCGUGAGCUCUUACGUGGACGAGCAUGAGCCUGCGAUGGUAGCCGGAAGUUGCAUCUCGGUCAUCAAGCACUCUCCUCAGAGCUCGCUCUCGGAUGUGUCUGAGGUGUCCUCUGUGGAGCACACACAGGAAAGCCCCGCACAGGGAGGCUGCCGGAGCCCUGAGAACAAGUUCCCUGUGAUCAAGCAGGAGCCCGUGGAGUUGGAGAGCUUUGCCAGGGAGUCCAGAGAGGAGCGGGGUGCCUAUUCCGCCUCCAUCUACCAGAGCUACAUGGGUAGCUCUUUCUCCACCUACUCCCACUCCCCUCCCCUCCUGCAGGUCCACGGCUCCAGCAGCAACUCCCCGAGAACCUCGGAGGCCGACGAGGGUGUGGUGGGCAAGUCUUCUGAUGGGGAAGACGAGCAGCAGGUCCCCAAAGGCCCCAUCCAUUCUCCAGUGGAGCUGCAGCGGGUGCACGCCACGGUGGUGAAGGUUCCGGAAGUGAACCCUUCCGCCUUACCGCACAAGCUCCGGAUUAAAGCCAAGGCCAUGCAGGUCAAAGUGGAAGCUUUGGACAGUGAGUUCGAAGGCAUGCAGAAACUCUCUUCACCCGCAGACGCGCUAGCCAAAAGACAUUUUGACCUGGAGAAGCAUGGCGCUUCGGGUACGGCCCAUUCCUCCCUCCCUCCUUUCUCGGUGCAGGUGACGAACAUUCAAGAUUGGUCCCUCAGAUCGGAACACUGGCAUCACAAAGAACUGGGCGGCAAAACUCAGGGUACCUUCAAAACGGGUGUGGUGGAAGUCAAAGACAGUGGCUAUAAGGUUUCCGAGGCUGAGAAUUUGUAUUUGAAGCAGGGGGUGGCAAACUUAUCCGCAGAGGUGGUCUCGCUCAAGAGAUUCAUAGCCACACAGCCUAUCUCGGCUUCGGACUCCAGGUAAAUGGCUACUGACUGAGCUAUGCGUGGAAGAGGAUGCUCUUGGUACCAUACUGAAUUUCCCACUGGACCUCUAAAGUCAUUUCACUGUAGUGUGCACAACGGUGUCUGUCUGGUGUCCUUGUGUACACAACGCUGAAGACUUGAUGCCCUCACUCUGCCUGGCGUGUAGUCAGAUAGCCCUCCCCCCACCCCCCAGAGGCUGUACAUACUGAACGUUAUUUUUGCUCUAUGAUAAAGUGUGUACGUUGCCAGUUUCAAUAAAGGAUUGGUGGCAAACACA